GAUGCCACUGUUGCUCCGCUGUCCCGACCACCACGUUCUUUUCCUCCUCCUGGCCCUGCUGCUGCCCUCGCUGGCCCCGGCCUGCGCCCCUGCAGCCCCAGGCCCCGCCGCCGCUCUGCUCCAGGCCCUCGGGCUGCGUGACGCGCCUCAGGGUGCCCCCAAGCCCCGCCCCGUACCCCCCGUCAUGUGGCGCCUGUUCCGCCGCCAGGACCCCCAGGAGGCCAGGGUCAGCCCACGACGGACGUCCCCGGGGGCCACCCUACGACCUUGCCAAAUGGAAGAGCUGGGGGUUGCUGGGAACAUCGUGCGCCACAUCCCGGAUCGAGGUACGCGCAGCCGGAUCCCGGAGCCCGCGGCCGCAGGGCAGUGUUCGAGGUGGACCGUCGUCUUUGACCUGUCGGCUGUGGAACCCGCAGAGCACCCGAGCAGAGCCCGCCUGGAGCUGCGCUUCGCGGCAGAAGAAGCGACGAUGGGGACGGAGGGUGGCUGGGAGCUGAGCGUGGCGUGGGCGGCCGAGGGCACGAAUGUGGGUCCGGUGCUGCUCCGCCAGGCGGUGGUCUCGCUGGGGAUGCCAGUGCGCGCGGAGCUGCUGGGCGUCGCCUGGUCCCACAACACCUCAGUGCCACGCAGCCUCCAUCUGGUGCUGGCGCUGCACCACCGGGCCACCAGUGCCUGCGUGCGCCUGGCCGAGGCCUCCCUCUUGCUGGUGACCCUUGACCCGCGCCUGUGCCACCCCGUAGCCCGGUCGCGGCGUGAUGCCGAUCCCGUGAUGGGUGGUGGACCCGGGGGCUCGUGUCGUGCGCGGCGACUCUACGUGAGCUUCCGCGAGGUGGGCUGGCACCACUGGGUCAUUGCGCCGCGCGGUUUCCUGGCCAACUACUGCCAGGGACAGUGCUCGCUGUCCGCCACGCUGCCUGGGCCCAGUGGGCCACCCGCGCUCAAUCACGCGGUGCUGCGCGCGCUCAUGUACUCGGCUGCCCCCGGCGCCGCCGGCCUGCCCUGCUGUGUGCCCGCGCGCCUGUCACCCAUCUCCGUGCUCUUCUUUGACAACAGCGACAACGUGGUCCUGCGGCACUAUGAGGACAUGGUGGUGGAUGAGUGCGGCUGCCGCUGACGAACAGGCGUGAGCGGGAACACAAUAAACAC